CAGAGAAGGCGCGCGCAGAAGCGGAGGGGGGCGCCGCCGGUCCAAACGCUCCGCAGCAUCGCUGCAUGUCCGCGUGAAGCAGCUGCGCGCGCAAACGUCUCACGCUCAGCUGAUCGUGUGCACACUGGAGCUUUGCGGAUCCGGAUCAGAGCCGAUCCAGGAGGAAGAGGAGCUGUCUUCAUCGGGCAAACACGGAGAGAUAGCGCGCGCGCCAGACCCGCCCAGCAGAGAUGGCGAAGGCAGACCAGCGUUUUGGCCAGCGGGAUGGCUCUGACCAGAACUUUGACUACAUGUUCAAGCUGCUGAUCAUCGGCAACAGCAGCGUUGGGAAGACCUCCUUCCUGUUCCGCUACGCCGACGACUCUUUCAGCAACUCCUUCGUCAGCACUGUCGGCAUCGACUUCAAGGUGAAGACGGUUUACCGCAACGACAAGAGGAUAAAGCUGCAGAUCUGGGACACAGCAGGGCAGGAGCGUUACCGCACCAUCACCACCGCCUACUACCGCGGUGCCAUGGGCUUCAUUCUCAUGUAUGACAUCACCAACGAGGAGUCCUUCAAUGCUGUACAGGACUGGGCCACUCAGAUCAAGACGUACUCGUGGGACAACGCCCAGGUGAUCAUGGUGGGCAACAAGUGCGACAUGGAGGAGGAGAGAGUCAUACCUCCUGAGAAAGGAAAACACCUGGCCGACCAGUUAGGCUUUGAGUACUACGAGGCAAGUGCCAAGGAGAACAUUAAUGUGCGGCAGGUUUUUGAGCGCCUGGUGGACAUCAUCUGCGUGAAGAUGUCAGAGCGCGUGGACGUAGAGGCACCAGCAGCUCCUGGUACCAAGACCACCAGACUGACCGACAAGCCCGCCCAGCUACCUCAGAAGUGCUGCUGAUCGACCACCCUCUCCCUUUCAGAAGCCCCACCCCCUUCUGAGCUCUAGAGAAAAAGAAAUGAUGAGAUUAACUGUUGUAACAUUCCUCUUCACUCUCUCUGCUUCAGUCCAUGUUUGUUAGCCCUCACCGUGGCAGGUUCUGACAAAAAUCCUCAGUGUAAACACCUUCAUGUCCAUUUCAUGUCGGAGGCUGGCAAGCUAUUGGCAGGUAACCCCACUAAGACGCCAACAUGGUGUGUUCAAACAGGCUGUUUAUAUGACUGCAGGCUGUUCUCUGUCAUGUUCAGAAUAAUUACAGACAGGGUUAUAAGCUGUAGUUCAAAGGUCAAACUCUUUAGAAGAAAAAAACCAACAAUCCUGGACUGGACUCUUUCUGUCAAGUGCAGUUUGUGAUUAGUGAUGUCCACUGGUCUUAUAUAGCCAUGUAGAAUGCAGCUCAUAGUGCCACCUGCUGGGUACAAUAACUCACACUUUUGAAUUUACUCUGCACCAGCUGAUGAAGGCAAAUCUUUAUUGUGGAAGCUGUGGUCCUGAUGCUGUGCAAUUGUGGUACAGCUAAUAUAGGUGUUCUGAAGUUGGCAUGGUAGUUUAAUAAUCUAUGUGGUUCAAAAUGGAAGUCAUUCUUGUCAAUAAGACUGGAUGAAAUCAGAAAUGUACCAUCACAGCUAUAAGGCAGUGACGGUAUCACUUGCCAUAGCCCUCUUUAGCUGUGUGUGAUGUGCAACUCAAACAAGUGAGGGACACAAGACAGCCAGACAGGUGAUUGCUUUGCUGAAUCUGGGAUAGAGUCAGCCUUGUUGGCAGAUGAUUGGCAGUUCCAAAAGUAGAAGGUGAUGUUGGAAGUACUUAAGGUUAGAAUGAAAAGGGAGAAAGAGUUGCCAACACAUUCUGCUCUUGCAGAUACCAUCAGGGAUUUGCUGAUGAUCUUAAGCAAAAAAGUUUUAAUGUGGAAACACAAAAUUAAGUCAAGUGAAGUGAGAAUAAAAAUAAAAUAAAGUCUUCACUUAGUAUACUCACGGGUUUUCUGAAAGUCCAGCAGAAAUACUUACCAAAAUCUGAUGACAAUCAAGGACCACUGAGAACAGCCGAAACUUUCCCUUUCAUAGAAUUUGCUAGUUCGUUUUAGCAACACAAUCCAGUGUGACUUAUAUUUUACUUAAAAAAAUGCCCUACGUUUGCUAAGAAUCCCAAAUGGAAGCAAUGGGUCUGGGCCUUUAAUUAACUGAUAAAUAAUUCAGUCCACUUCAAAACCCAGGAGCUUUGGAUCCUACUUCAUUAGCUAUAGUUCAAUCAUCCAACAUCAGCAUUAGAUCCUACAUCAUCGUCUCUAGAUCCUCCUUCAUAAACCGUCAAUCCUCAGUUUUUUGUAGGUCCUCCUUAAUCAGUCUUUUACCUUCAUCUGUAGAUCCCCCAUUAUUGUAGAUCUGUCUUAAUCAAUUUCAGAUCCUCUUUCAUCAACUGUAGAUCCUACUGCAACAACUGUAGAUCCUUCUUCGUUGACUGUAGAUCCUCUUUCAUCAGCUGUAGAUCCCUCUACAACAACUGUAGAUCCUUCUUCAUUCACUGUAGAUCGUUUUUUAUCAGCUGUAGAUCCUUCAUUGUUUGUAAAUUGUGUGACAUCAAAUGUAGGUUCUCUAUUUGCAGCUGUAAGUCCUCUUUCAGGAUCUGAGUCUUCAGUUGUGUUUUGUUUCUGCUCUCCUCUUGUGUUUGUGAGUGAAUGUUGGUCCUCAGUUCAUGGAGGUUUCUGCAGCUGCAUCAAAGUGCAUCUUAAUUUAGUCAAGGCCUAAACCUUGACUGGGUUUGAUUUUCCCUUUUGUCAUCUUGUUUUGUUGAUGAGCCAGUGUCACCUUCAGCUGUCACACAGGUGGAUAUUCACACCACUUUGAUCACAGUGGAGUUCAUAUUACGCUCAAUAACUGCAAAGUGACAAGGCCCUUAACACUACCAAACAAGCCCACACCAUUAAUCCUUUCAUCACCUUGCUCAAUAACUGGUUACCUUCGGAGCAAGCAUUCCCUAUUUAGUAUUAUGUUCAAGGGACAUAGUUCCAGAAACUUGUAGUUUGUUCAUAUGCAGUCUUUGUGAACAAGCGAACUAGCUGCAUAACUUCCUACAUAAAUGUGGAGUUCCAGGUUCCACAUGGGACCAAUAAAAGACCACCUGAGCCUAAACCUAAGUGCAGAACCAGCCAUGCAUGCUGACAACUCUGAGAAUUUGGUUUUACAGGUAGAAAAACUGUUUUGUUGUAAUAAUAUCAAACAAUUGUUUGAUAAAGAUGAACCAUAAACCAAACCAGAGCUUUGGAUGCUGUGUGGAGUCAAACACUUUCAAAGCGAAUUCUGGUUCUAGUCGCAUUCCAAUAUUGCAGCACAGAAUUUAUUAAUUCUUUUUCAAGUUGUUGUUAUCAAACCUGUUCACAGGGUUUUCAAAGUUCAGGGUAAAACAGACGCUCAUAGAGCUAAGUUAUGUCUUCUUCUGGACUAAUUUAAAUCUGCCUGGUCCAGUUCACUUUGGUUGAAAUGGAUCCAUCUGCUCCUGCCCUAUUCACAUGCACAAGACAGUGAAUUUGGUUCAGUUGGAUCCAGUCCAGUUUCCUCUGGUUUAAUCCAGAUUAGAUUUUUUUUCUUCUUUCCAGAAACAUCCAGUAAAAACCAGAUACAAUCUGGUUUACUUGUCUUGUCCCAGCCUCCAGUUCUGGCUCUGGAUGGCAGAUGUUUUAUAACCACAUACACAACCAAUGUGUGAGGACUCACCCCCCUACCUACUCCUCCUCAACCUUUGCAGAUGUGUUCACAUAACCGCCAUGUUUGAAGUGUGGUACAUGAUUGUGUGUGUGUGUGAUACUAGUGUUGGUUCUCAUUAUAUUUAUUGCAUGUUCAGACGUCAGGGUUCUCGUGUUUGUGUACAGAAGUGUGUGAAAUUUUGAGAAGUGUGUUUCUGAGUGAAGAGAUGAACAAAGACUUGUAGGUCUGUUACUAACUCUGAAGAGAAAAAAAAAACUAUAUCCUGCCAAACUGUUGCAUAGCGACCACAGCACACGUUAGUGUGUAACUCCCCGCCACGUGUCUUCAUAUUGAUGAGAAUAUACAGUAAUAUUGACACUGUCUUCAUAUGAUUAUUUUUCAAGUGAUUUGUAAAUGAUAGAAUUAGUACUUAAUAUAAUGGUGUUGAGUAUGACUUUAUUUUUAUGCAGUGUAAACCAUGGACUUAUUCUGUAGAGAGUAAACUUGUUGUCUUAGGGUUCAAUCCUAUACGGAGAAGCACAAUGUGAUUGUACAAAAAUAUUGUGAAUGUUUGUAUAUUAUAGAUGCAAUUUAGUAUAAUAAAUCACAAUCUUUCAUCAGGA